CUCUUGGGAUCGCAGUCGAUCUCGUUGGUUUGCGACUAUCUCCUUGCGUUUGUACUCCAACGUAUUCCCUUCGUCGUUUUUAUCUUGUUACAAGGUGCACGUCUCGUGAGUCAGGAUGAAAUACGUGGUGUUAGCAAUGAUUCUGGGAUUGGCGGUGGCACAAGAUCCAAAUUUUCAUGGACGCAACUAUCAGCAGGAUGAUGGACAACAUCAGGUCGACAGUAGACGACCUACAUCUACUACGCCCAUCCCGAUCUUGCACUGGAACAAGCAACAGGAACACGAUGGAACUUAUAAAACUAGUUACGAAACGGGCAACAACAUCAUUGCCGAAGAAAGCGGCUACAUCAAGACCAUCGGUGAAGGUGAAGACCGGGCGGAGGCGAUCGUUCAGCAAGGCACCUUCUCGUACACGAGUCCCGAGGGACAGCUGAUCACCAUUCACUACACCGCCGACGAGACCGGCUUUCACGCUCAGGGCGAUCACAUUCCCACGCCACCACCCGUUAGCGAAGAGAUCCAGAAAGGCCUCGACCUCAUCUACGCGGGCAUUCGUCAGCAAGAGGAAGAAGAAGCCCGUGCAGCGGCCCAAAAGUCGCAAAUACCAUUGAACCAGCAGAUUGAUAGGCGAGACGAUUACAACAGAAAGUAUCAGCAGUGAGCUCCUGUCAAGCCUCCUGCGAUAUAGUGCAUUUACAGCACUGUAUCAUUCAAGAAAUAGCAAUUAAGUUGUUAAGUUACAUUAUUCCCUCGCGCGUUUCAAAUACACUCACCAUUAUAUAUACAUUUGCAGUAAGAGA